AUGAUUAAUGAAAAAUUAGUUCAAAAAGAACCAGAAAAGAAGGUUGUAACAUCCACAUUUAAUAUCAAAUAUUCAUUACACCCAAAUAAAAAAGGCUCAAUCUUCAAGUAUGCUUUACAAUAUGAUGAAGAGUAUCCAUUUGAACUAAAGAACUCAAUUUCAGAAGAGCAAUAUCAAGAAAUUAUUAAUAAGCUUUUAAGCUUUUCUCAUUUCUACCAACCCCAAAAUAUCUAUACCUUUGUUGUAUUUUGUAUUUUAUUUUGGUGCAUCAUACCAACUUCAAUUAGUAUGAGAGGUAUCUUUAGUCAUUUAUUUAUUUAUUAUAUUAUUUUUGGUUUCUUUUCAAUUUUAAUAAUUGCAUCCUAUAUUUAUGCAUUUGGUAUAAAAAUCACAAACUAUGUUAGAGUUUUAAAUACAAAGUACUCAGAAAAGAGUGUCAAGUUUGAAUAUAGAAAAACCAUUCCCACUGCAUUCUUUGUAUUAUUAUGUUUCUCUGUCCAAAUUUAUAUUCAAAUUUUAUUAGUUACCAAGAGUGAAAAAGAAGAAAACUAUAAGUUUUUAUUAGCUUUUUCUUCGUUCUUUUUAUUCGCCGAUGUUUUGGGAAUUGCAUUUUUCAUUAGACACAUUGUCUUACUUUCAAAUUUCUCAUGUCGUGGUGGUAGAGUCGAGACAGAUCAUAUUAAUUAUUUAAAUGGUUUAUGUGAAUAUUAUGCCAAGCCUUAUUCGUUUUUAAUCUCAUAUCCAAAAGAAAAUGGAAUCCCAAAGGAAGAAGAUGAUGAAGAUUUUAAAACUAACAACAAUAAUAUAAAAAACAAUGCUUUUGAAGAUAAUAGUUUUGAUAAUAAUACAAACAACUUUAACCAACAAAAUAAUUUUAACAACUAUAAUAAUAACCAAAACAACUAUAACAACAACCAAAACUUCAAUAAUAGUUACAACUACAAUAAUAACCAAAACAACUAUAACAACCAAAAUUUAGGUAUGCUUGUUGAUACUAGUUCAGAUGAUCCAUUUAGAAUCAAUAGUAAUAAUUAA